GACGUGGAAAUUAAGGCAAGAGAAGAUGGGAAACAACGUGAUGUGAUGGAUGGCUCUCCUGGUGGCCACUUCACAAUGAGGUAACAGCAUGGUGACCAUGGUAUGUGUGUACUUGCUCCCUGGGGCUUUUCCAGAAGGGCUGCAAGGGGGAACCACAUCUAGCAUUAGUCCAUGGAAGAGAGGAGCGGGGAUGUAUCUUCUUGGCUCUCUUUUGUCUUCUAUUUCCCAUUGGCCAGGGUUUACCUGAAGUAGAACUAACAACUUUGCUUUUCUGCCUCACAUCAUCCAGCUCCUCGGUGGCCAUUUAGCAAGUCAGGUCUCAUGCCCACAGUGUGGCAUUCCAUUUGGUCCAAAAUGGAAAGGUGAUCUGGACCAGGCAAGGUGCUGACCAACAGACUAGGAAAUGGUCAAUGGAAUCUGAGGAAGCACACAAGUUUGUGUCCAAUACAGUCCACUCCAUGUGCCACUCAGGUAUACUCGUGCCACUCCAAUAGUGGCUGGAUUUAUAAGUAUAUAACUUGUGCAGUUGCACAGGGCCUUGUGCUUAGAGGGGCUCUGUGCUUGCUUUAAUCCUGUGUACUUUCUGCUUUGUUUUUCAAACCGAGGGUACUCUCUGCUGAAGAAGGGAUGGUCUUGCACUAAAUCACUAGGGGUUUGCUUUCUUCCUCUCCUAUGGGCUUGUCAGAGACAUGAACAGCACCCUGUAAUGCCCACUAUCCAUGCCUCCAGCAGCUUCGAAUCUGCUGAAUCAUCUGGCACAGUGGGCAGAGCAGCUUGGACCACACCCUGUAUCUGCUAUAGAGCCCUCGCUUGUUCUGGGUUCCACCUGAAACCAGUAACUUUUAGGGAAACUCUCUAAAUGGGUCAGAGCAAUGUCCUCAAACAUGGUACAUGUUAGUUCCAAAAUCCAAAGAGGCCCAACAAAUACAGUGCCUCUUUUUUUUAGUGGUAGGAAAUAUAAGAUAGAGCAACAUGCCAUUUACUUUAAAAAGGAUGCUUCAACAUGUAGACCAGACCACUGGACCCCUAAAAAUGUCACCAAUGUUAUAGGUCCCUGAAUCUUCUCAGGUUUAUUUCUCUUCUUCUGAUAUUUUACUGUUGUUUAAUGUUAUAGUGUUUUAUGAUAUUUAAGGACCUUGCUCCUUCCUGUUUAUGGGUACCAAUUAAUGUAACAUUAUUAAUAUAUUGAAUUAGCAUGUUGUUUUGCAAACUGUCAAUUAAACUGAGAGCAUAAGUGACAGCCUGCCAUAAAACAGUAUAGGAGUGCUAUUAUUCUUAGCACACAAGAAGCAUAUUGUUUUGAUUUUCCCUCAUGAUGAGUGUAGAUUCAAAAGCAUUCCCCGAAUCAAAAGCCACAUACAAAGUGCCACAGGCUAUGUUCUUCUCAGAAAUGAUACCACAUCCUGGAGAUGCAAGUCCCAUUUAAGUUUAUGGCAAUCUGCGUUCAUCCUAUAAUUCAUCUGGUUUUGGCAGAGGCCAGAUAGGCUAACUUAAUAAGGCUAUACAAAGGAUUACCAUCCACUCCCCAUAUCUUUCAAGUUUUUUAUGGUGGCAGUAAUCAGUCCUAUUCCUUGGAGAAUGUAGUUAUUACUUUUUAUUCAUUGUCUUGACAGGAGGGGAAAGUUUCAGAGGUUUCCUCUUAUUCUUGCUUACAGAAAUGUCCCUUACUCUACUGGUCAGGCAGUAAUGUGAGAGUUCUGCCAAACCUGUCCAUUUCAAUUAUAUAUUCAAGAAGAGAUAAAUAACUACAAAUGCAUUUGGUCUGCCCUGGGAUAGACGUGAGACCAAGCUCUAGGUAACAUCUGAUAUUCAAUAUUUUUGAAUAUCACUCCAUCCAAUGCACUGCAGUGUGUUUUUGGGUACCUAGUUAUUAGUGCUAGUUGAGGUCCCACACCUCAAAGUCCCAGAGAAAAUGAAUGCAUGCCCUUUCCUCUGGACACUGUUAUCCAGUAAAUAGCUACAGGUUUUGGAGAAAACACAAUAUGAAUACACCCUGAAUACUCUUGUGAAUUAUCAAGGGGACUUAAACUUCCCAUCAGUCUCUGAACUCUCGUUGUCUGAAUUGGCUCAGUCCUAAGAACUGGCUGAGGGACUUUGAUUUUCCACUUCAUAGACUGACUUCAGGAGUUAACUUUUCAGCUCUUAUUUUCUGCUUGGUUUAUAGUGUUGAUCAAACUAUGAAGCCCCUUCAGCUAUUGGAUUAUGAACUCACUCCAGUGAGGAUGUUGCCUCAUUGAAUCUGAUCUUUGCAAGAUCCCCAGUAAGUCUGUGUUGCUAAUGGUCAGCAUUCAUCUUGCAUGAGCCAUCGGCAGUAUUGAACAAAGUUUAUUCGCUUUCUGGGAUGCUGCCCUCUCCUGAUUUUUAUCCUCAUUCCCUGGGCACCAGUUCUCAGUCUCCCUUGCUACUUUUUCCUCUUCUUCCUAAACUGAAAAUAUCAGACUGAGGUCUCAGUUCUUCAGUUUCUAACCAGUUAUGCUUAUUUUGUUGGUGAUCUCAUACAGUCCCCUUCCUGAUCAUGUAGCCAAACAAUUUGACUAAGAAGAAUAAGGCUUAGUAUUCAUAGAUUUAGUCAUACUCGUGUAUACUAUUUAUUUAUUCACACAUAUUCACAUAUAUCACAUUACUAUUUUUCCUUUAAAUGUCAAAAUUACAUUCAAAAAUAAUACUGCCAAAAAACUAGGGAGAAGAAGGGAGCUUCAAUAAUAUCUCACAUUGAAGUUCUGCUAAAUCAGAGUCGACCCAGUAUCUAAUUUAGUUUGAUUUAAAAUAGCAAUGUAAGUAUUGAUAAAUUGAUGGGCAGCAGAUUAUCAUUAUAGAUAUAAUGAUCUAAGUAGAGAAAUGCUUAGAUAGAAUUAUCAUUGAUUAAUCCAUUAUUGAUUAGUUGCAUUUGGUAUAGUAGUAUAUAAAACUUUUCACAAAUGCCAAAAAUUAAAAUGAAAUAAAAUAACCUGUCCCACAUACUCCUAAACAUAAUUUUGACACUGAAAUGGAUAAAGGUGCUGCUCAUUCAGAAACGAAUUUCUGGAUAUAAUAUGUGGGAUUUAUUCUUGUUGCCAUUGUCAACUUGUCUGAAAACGGUUGUCACUCCCUAAGAACUGUAGUUUAAAUGAAAACCUGGUGCUUUCAACCUAAACUGCAAAUGUUCAGUGGAUGGAGGAGGCUCAGGGCCAGCCCCUUUAUCUUCUUUCCUGAGAUCAUCUUUGUUACCUGGACAUACCCAAACCAGGGAGACCUUCUUGCCUCUACAUUGAUUUCAUAUUUGUGCUUUUAUUCUUAGGACUUUUUUCCUUAAAAUUUGCCCAUACUAGCCAAUUUUGCCUUUUCAGUAUGUCUCUUCUUUAAAUGUAGGGUAUUUGUGAGAAUUUUCAAGAUAUUUUGGUUUUAUUUUCUUUGCUCAAUGUCAUUUCUGGGGACUGAGAGUGAGGGUUAGCUCUUCACACUGGAAUAUCCCACAUCUUUCUCUGUCAACUUUGAAGUUUAUGAUACAUGGUUUUUUUGCUUUCUUUGGUAGCUGUUGCUGAAUUUGUUUCAUCAGCCCCUUGCUUACUUUUUUAGCUGUGAAAGAAGAAUAAUCAUGUCAUGAUACUUGGUCCCUUAUCUUGUGACAACCUGAAAUUAAGUGACUGAGGCAAAGAUCUCAAUCAAUGGAGGUUUGUUAAGCCAAAGUUUGAUGAUUCACCUGGGAAAAGCACAAGCCAUAGAUGCAUUUGUGACUGUUUUUUUCUGAAGAGAAAUUUGGGAACUCAUUACUUAAUGAGAGAGGGUGUACGAAAAGAAAAAGGAGGAGGCAGUGGGCAGCAAAUGGUUACAUUCUUGUGAGACUUUAGUUAAUGCCCAGGAAAUCUACAUUUUACAUUAGAUAAGGUGAGUGUCUGAAAAAAAGGGAGUGAAGGAAGAAUCAACAUGUAGAUAUCUCAAGAAUGAUGGACUUUUCUACUCCUAGAAAGAAAGACUUUUCUAUUCUUUUCCACUCCUGGAAAGAUAAACUUACAAUCAACAUUAUUAGUAUGAAAUUUAACAGACUUUAGUUUUAGGAGCUGGCCUUGUGCUGUAGAACUAAAGUUACAAUUUGCCAUGUCCUUGUUUAAGAAAGGCCAGUAAGAAAUUUCCUUAUAAAUGAUCUGUGGGGGAGUCCUUGUAGAUACCUGAAGCAUUUUACCUUUACUUGGGGAUCUGGCUCAUGAAUAAUGUCAAUAACACCUAUUCAUUUGGAACUGGGUGUUGUGUAAUUCAGCCUCCAGGGUUGACCUUUCCUUUUGCAUAAGGAGUUGUUGAGGGGCAGGGGGUGGUCCUGAGAUUUUUAUUUUCCUUUACACUUGGCCUGGCCUUUACACUUUCCUUCAUCUACAUUGGUGCCUGUUGUGGAGGUCUUGGAGAUGUGUUGCUGGGAGGGUGAGUGGAUGUGGAUAAAAUCAGAAGGUAUUUGGUACUGAUUGAGGAAUAUGCCCUACUAGGUAGGGAGAUGCACAGAAUGCUGGGAAUUCUUGCUUUUUGGAUGAACUCAAUCAAACCAAGUGACCGACUGCUAUAUAGGACAACAGAAAGAUUCCUAUCUCUUUUCAAAUGCAUAGAGAAUUAUUCCCAAAGUCUACUGAAUAUUUACAUUUGAUACUAUGUAUAAUAAAUUCAGAAGCCUUUUUUAAACAAUGUCUUAGCUAUCACAGUACUAAGCAUGAACAAGAUGUGUAAUAAAUGUUGAAGAAGUAAAAAGCCUGAAUUACUGGAAAGAGAAGGGGAUUUGGAUCCAAAUAAAUGAAUAAAUGUGUGUGUAUGUAUGCACUUGUAAAAAGUAAAACGAUAAAUAAAUAUUAUGCGUGGUACCCAGCAUUCUAGGAAUGAUGACUUCUAUGAGAUUAGUAAAGUGUUACUUUGUAGAAUGUCCAAUACACUAUUAUUAACUAUUUUAACCAUACUGGGUAACAGAUCUCAAACAAAACAAGACUUAUUCCUGUCUGAGGCUUUAGACCCUUUAACCAUCAUCUUCCCAUUUUCCCCACCCUUAACUUUAAAGUGUUUACAAAACCUUAGUGCUUAGGAAGCCACGUAUAACAAUUUAGAUUCUUGUUGCCUGCUAUACAGGUUCGAAUUUUGUAAUAGUACUUGCCCUAACUCAAGUUGACAGACUCAAAUAUGUAGAUCAGGCAAAAAAAAAAGAAAAAGAAAAAGAAAGCAAAACAAGGAAAAUAAAUCUUUAUUUGCAUGUUAGCAAAUGAGAAUUCAGCAUUUCCUUCAUCACCAACUACAAGAGACUUCAGCCUACUGUGUGUAAGGCACACAGUAUCUGGAUGAAGCUCAGCUGAGCUGUCUGGGGAACUACAAAGAUUUUUAUGAAGAAAGCUGUCAAUCCAGUCAUUACCUAAUCUUGAUGGUUGCUGAUUUAAUAUUCUGUACACAGGUUUUUAUAAAGGGAAUAUAUUAUUCAAUUUUCAAGAAUCAGAUAAACAUAAUAUUUUGAGAUGAAUGCAUUAAGAAAUCUUCAGCAGUGAUAUUAGACAUUGGAGCAAACUAUGAGUAGGGUCAUAAAUAGCACAUUUAUAUUCAUUUUAAUUGUGGAAUUCAUAAUUGGAAAUUUAGGAAAUGGAUUCAUAGCACUGGUGAACUGUGUUGACUGGGUGAAGAGAAGAAAGAUCUCUUUGGCUGAUCAAAUCCUCACUGCUUUGGCAAUCUCCAGAAUUGUUCUGCUCUGCUUAAUAUUCUUUAAUUGGUAUGUAUCUGUGUUUAAUCCAGCUUUAUUAAUGUAUGAAAAAAUCUCUAGAACACUUGUUGUCUUCUGGACAGUAGUCAAUCAUUUUAGCAUCUGGCUUGCUACAUGCCUCAGCAUCUUUUAUUUUCUCAAGAUAGCCAAUUUUUCCAACUUGAUUUUUUUCUACCUAAAGCGGAGAGUUAAAAAGGUGGUUUCAGUGAUACUUCUGGUGACCUUGGUCCUCUUGUUUUUGAAUAUUGCACUGGUAAACAUCCGCCUUAAUGCCUGGAUUAAUGGAUAUGAAAGAAACAGGACUUGCAUUUCCAUUUCUAGUAACUUUAUACAAUUUUCCAGUUUUCUUUUAUUCACCAACAUCAUGUUCAUUGCCAUACCCUUUACUUUGUCCCUGACAACUUUCAUCCUGCUAAUCUCUUCCCUGUGGAAACAUGUUAAGAAGAUGCAGCAUGGUGCCAAAGGGUCUGGAGAUGUCAGCACCACGGUCCACAUAAAAGCCAUGCAAGCUGUGAUCACUUUUCUUCUACUAUAUGCCCUUUUCUUUCUGUCUUAUUUCGUGCCAAUUUGGAGCCCUGACUUGCUGGAGAAAAAUGCGAUCAUCACGUUUUGGGUGAUGCUUGGAACUGCUUAUCCUUCAGUCCACUCCUGUGUCCUGAUUCUACACAACAGUAAGCUGAGACAGGCCUCUCUUUCGGUGCUGUGGUGGCUGAGGUGUAUGUUCAAAGAUGGGGAGCCCUUAGGCCAUACACCAUUUAGGGAAUCCUCUUGAAUAUUAUAGAGGAAAAUCAGUUUAUAAGAAAUUCUUGUAUGUUAUAUAAAUUUAUACUUUCCUAAUAUUUUCCUAUUGUGUAUACAUUAUGGAUUGCACAAAAGUAUGCUUGAAAUAAACACUGUCCAAACAUAUUACAACUUAGAAGAGUAUAUACAAAGAUGUACAUUAACAUACAUAGAAGGAUAUAAAUAUGGACCACUUAAAUAUAA